AUGUCAACAUCCACGUCUGCUCGAACAAAGAAGGCACCGACACGGGUCAGGAACACCAGUGCGGGUCAUUGCCACGGAGCACCUCCGCCGGCUUCGACUUGGUCCUCAUCCUCGGCAACGGCAACGGCAUUGGCGACCGCAUCCGCAUCCGCAUCCGCAUCCGCAUCAGCUUCGGCUUCGCCCGCACCGUCAACGCAAGGCGCAGAAGAGGACUGGCAACUCGACUCGAUCGAGGAUGCGCUGGCCGACAUCAAGCGCGGCGAGUUUGUCGUCGUCGUCGAUGACAUGGACCGCGAGAACGAAGGCGACCUCAUCAUCGCCGCGCACAACAUCUCGACCGAGCAAAUGGCCUGGCUCAUUCGUCAUUCGUCGUCAGUCUGGUAGCUGCUUCAGCAAGGAAGAGACCGCGAAAGGCUUACACGACGCGAUCUGACUUUACAGAGGGUACAUCUGCAUCUGCCUGCCCGCGCAACGGCUCGAGGAACUUGACAUCAAGAUGAUGGUCGAGGACAACCAGGACAAGAACAAGACCGCCUACGCCGUGACCGUGGACUACCGACAUGGUCAGUGUGCACCACAGUAGUAGCAAUGGCGUCUUUGUCUGUCUCGGCCCUGACGCUCACCCCGGCUCCCCACUCUGGCAGGAACGACGACCGGCAUUUCGGCCCACGAUCGAGCCUUGACGGCCGUCAAACUGACCGACCCGAGCUCGACCGCUGCCGACUUUUCAAGACCGGGUCAUCUGGUGCCUCUUCGCGCCGCAGAUGGAGGUGUUUUGGCACGCAAGGGGCAUACAGAAGCUUCGAUCGGUAAGUCUUGCGCUCUUGCGACCAGGAGAGAGUGGUGGAGAAGAUUCCCCGCCCCGGACUGUGGCUGAGAACGUGCUUUUGCCUCCCUCACAGACCUUUGCCGUCUCGCCGGUCUACCACCAGCAGGCAUCAUCUGCGAGCUCGUCAAGGCCGACGACCCGAUGGGAUCCAUGGCCCGUCGCGACGACUGCUUCAAGUUUGCGCGUGAUUGGGGGCUCAAGAUGAUCAGUAUCGAGCAGAUCGAGCAGUACCGGAAACAAAAGGGGCUGUAG